GAAGUGAGCAGCGGCCCUCCCCUCCCGCGGCCAAAAUGGCCGACCUCCACCGCCAGCUGCAGGAGUACCUGGCCCAGGGGAAAGCCGGCGGCGUGGCGGCCGCGGAGCCGCUGCUCGCGGCAGAAAAGGCCGAGGGGCCCGCGGCGGGGGGCGGGCCGGCGGGGUCGGGGGCGUGGCUGGGCCGUGCCGGCCUGCGCUGGGCGUGGAACCCCGCGGAGCCCUCGGGCGUGGCGGGGCCCGCGUGCUGGCCCGGCGUGACGCGCGCGCAGCGACUGGCGGCUAGCGGCGUCUGCCUGCUGCUGGCCGCACUCUGCUUCGGCCUGGCCGCGCUCUACGCGCCCGCGCUGCUGCUGCGCGCCCGCAAGUUCGCGCUGCUCUGGUCGCUGGGCUCGGCGCUGGCGCUGGCGGGCGGCACGCUGCUGCGGGGGGGCGCGGCGUGCGGGCGGCUGCUGCGCGGCGAGGAGUCGCCGUCGCGGCCCGCGCUGCUCUACGUGGCCGCGCUGGGGGCCACGCUGUACGCGGCGCUCGGGCUGCGCAGCGCGGUGCUCACGGCGCUGGGCGCCUGCGUGCAGGUGGCCGCGCUGCUGACCGCGCUGUGCGGCCUGCUGCCCUGGGGCGCGGGCCCCGCUCUGCGCGUGGCGCUGGGCCGCCUGGGCCCGGCCGCCGGCCUUGCCAAGGCGCUGCCGGUGUGAGGAGCGGGGACGACGCGGGACCUGCCCGUCAGCCCGUCAGCCCGUCCGAGCGGCUGCGCUAACACGGAGACUUGGGCCGUUUCGGCAGCCGCCCGGGACCCGCGUUCUCCUCGACGCGCGGUAGCACGUGCCGGGACGGGGACGUGGUCGACGUGGUGCCCCCCGUGCACCGCCAGCGCUCGGCUGUGCCUCCCUCGACUUCGACUGCGCGCGGUCAAGAGUGGCUCCUCGGGUGGAGUUAGCUGCUCUGGUGACUUGGCUCAGACUUUGGCCUUCUGUCGUUUAGAACAGUCCGGCGGUCGACGGUGGCGGCUGAGCUGCGGUGCGCUCUCACACGUCUCUCCUCCAUCAGUGCGUGGAUUCUUGAGGGCAGCAAAGGAGACACUGAAUGUAGCCACCGGGUAUUAGUGAGGUGCUUCCGUUAACAUGCUUUACCUCGGUUUUUCCCUUCUUUUGGUGAAAUUGUAGAUACGGUGCCUUUCAGAGUUUAAGGAAGACUGGUUCUGUACGAGACCGUGAAGACGACGGGCCAGAGGGGAACGUGCGUCCCGGGAAGCGCGACAUGUCCCGCGGCGGCCCCGGGCUGGAUGGGCCGCGGUCUCCCGCACGACAAGAGCCCCGCAAGAGCCCCACAGCCGGAGUCCCGGAGUUCCGUACUGGACAAAACCCACGGAUUUUCGCAGGGCCCGAUUAGCAUUCCUCCCUCGUUUUAGUGCUUGCUUCUUCAAGUAUGACUUGCAUUUUGUAGGCUGAUUUUAAUGCUCUUCAUACCUGUCUCAUUUCCUUCUAGGUUCCCCGUUUACGCCGGAAAGAAAACUACAUGUUCCGGCGGUAGCGAUGUAACUUAGAAAGUACAUGUAUUUAGAAUUUUCAAACUCUAUGUCAGUGGUUCUCAGUUCACACCAGAAUUACUUGACGAGCCAAACCUCACAUCCAUUCUGUCAAUAUGCGGCAGGGCCGGAAACCAGGCAUCAGUACUGAGAGCUGUCCAGAUGACUCUGUGUUUAGGUUGAAAACCUAAAAGUUGAGAACUGUUGCCUGAAUGGGUGUGUCGGCCACAAGAGAGGUUGCCUCCUUGUUCAACCUCAGUAUUUAUAGUCCUAGAUCCUGAUCUGUGUCCUAAGCCCUGCUCCAGCUUCAUGGGGCCCCCACCCCAGUAAACAGGGUUACCUACCUCAAGAGGAACCAACAGGGUGUUUGUAGUAAAAGCAAAUGCGCUGUUUUCAGAGUGACUUAUUUUUGUAACUGGAAAAACUUGGGCCAUUGGCUGCUCCUUCUGUCCCCCAUUAAAUCUCUAUUCUAGUCCUCAAUUUCUCUAGAAUUUGCACAACUGAAGAUUUUAGUGUUUACUACAUUUUUAUGUUGAUGCAGUUGUAUUUUUUAAAUUGUUCUCCCAACAUUUUCUCAAAAAUUCAAACACUGAAAAUCUAGCAUUGGUAAAAUUCAAAGCACAAUAUCUUGUAUGUAUUUUAGUAGUGAUGUUUUAAAAUAUCCUAAGUAUUUAAUAAAUUACAGUGUAGAGAUUUCAGUUUUUUCUAAAGAAAUUCUUUCUCAAAAUGUGAACUGGUUAUACGCUUGCUGAGGUACUGUGUUUUGUUUUUGUUUUUUAAGUUGAAGCCUAAAAUGUUAAGAUGAUAAGGGUCUUAAUUACAUGAACCUCAAAGGAGUCUAAUCGAAUGGGUUUGCUCCCUCGAUCCUAUUUUACCUUAUCAGAAUUGAUUACAACUUCUUUUUAAGCUGUGCCGGUGGAAAUAAAUAAAUAAAUAAAUAAAUAAAUAAAUAAAUAAAUAAAUAAAUAAAUAAAUAAAUAAAUAAAUUUUUAAAAAGCAGUGCCAGUGGAGGGCAAAUAAAGAAUAAUCCACAAAUCUGAAGCA